AUGUCCGCCAUUGCUGCUCCCUUAAAAAAAACUCUUAACGUUGCCCUUAUCCAAUUGUCCGCUGGGUUCGAUAAGGCAAAGAACUUGAACCAUUUCAAGACCCAUAUUUUGAAGGCCAUCGGGGAGUCUAAAAACAAGUUGGACUUGGUGGUGUUGCCAGAAUGUUUUAACUCUCCUUAUUCAGUCAGUGAGUUCCGUAAUUACGCAGAAACCAUUCCUGAUGGGGAAACCACCCAGUUCCUCUCGGCAAUUGCCAAAGAACACCAGAUUUUCUUGGUUGGGGGGUCGAUUCCUGAGUUAGAUAAGACCAACGACAAAAUCUACAACACUUCUGUGACUUUUGAUCCUCAAGGUAAGAUCGUUGGUAAACAUAGAAAAGCUCACUUGUUUGAUAUUGAUAUCAAAGGAGGGAUCACUUUUAAAGAAUCGAUAACUUUGACCGGGGGCGACAAGGCUACGGUGUACGACCUUGAUGGGUUCGGCAAAGUUGGUUUGGGUAUUUGUUACGAUAUCCGAUUCCCUGAAUUGGCCCAGAUUGCUGCAAGAUCUCCUAAUGACUCGUUUGCCAUGAUCUAUCCUGGUGCCUUCAACACCACCACCGGGCCAUUGCACUGGCAUUUACUUGCCAGAGCCAGGGCCAUCGACAACCAAAUCUACACUAUUGUUUGUUCGCCAGCAAGAGAUUUGAACUCGGGGUACCAUGCAUAUGGCCACUCUUUGGUUGUUGAUCCAUAUGGGAAAAUCAUUGCCGAGGCUGGCGAAGGGGAAGAGAUUGUGUACGCCCAAUUGGAUCCCGAAUUGAUCACUAAGGUCAGACAGGGCAUUCCAAUCAAUUAUCAAAGAAGAUUUGAUAUUUACAAUAAUGUCGUGGAUGGUGCCACUGUUUCUGAUGUUUAA